UGUGUGUGUGUGUGUGUGUGUGUGUGUGUGGAGUUUGUUUCUCCUCUUCCCCUCCCCCAUCAAUUACUGUGCUUGUGGAGACUCCGAGGCCAAAGACAUGAAUGCAGUGAAUGUGGGUCUUACUUCAAAGCGCUUGGGAGCUGGGAGGGGAGCGCAGGGAGUGCUGUAAUGUCGUCGGGGAACAGAGCAACAAAGUAUCGGGAGUCUUUUAAGGAAAUAAAAUAAUUAUAGUAAUAACCCUCCUACCACCGGACGCACUGUGUCCGUCUGUAUCCCACUCGCUCUGGAGCCGUGUUUUCAUAUUAACGCGUCCGCGUUCACGUCACUUUACACGCGAAACAAGAAUCCAAAAGAGAAUCAUACCAAGUUAACGAGCUAGCUACCUAACCGUGUUAGCCGGUUAGCCACAUUAGCAGCCUCGGCUAAGAGCUCGAAUGCUUGUAGUAGUUUGAGAGAUAGCAAGCUGGACUGCUUUUUCCCUUUCCCCUUUUCUUUCUUUUAAAAAAAUUAAAAUAUAUAUAAAAAAUAAUAAUAAUAAUAAACCCGCGUUGCCCAAGCUAUAACCAACAGAACCGUUGAAAUAACUCCUGAGAUGAAGCUAGCUUGUUUUGUUUGUUGCUAAUUUAGCUAGCAGUCUGGCUAGUUUCGCACCUGAAAUUCAAACACGUAUUGUUUGGACAGUUAUAAUACUAUAAUCUAACCGUCCACCUUAUAUUUCUAUAUGAAUACUGUACAACAGAUAUAAAAAUAUAAUAAUAAUAACACGCCAUUUUUUUGGGAUUCUGGUGCUCUGUGUGUAAGGCUAGUUCAUUUGAAGCUUUUUUUUUUUUUGGUCCCAGGAAGUUUUAUUCACUGCCUUGAUAUGAUCAGAUCUUCUCAGUUUGCAGGUAGUGCUGCAGUAGUUUUGAAAAGUGGUAGAGCUUGAAAGGAAAGGAAAGUGUACCUAGUAGUUGCAUAUCAGAUAGAGCUCUUUGAACCCAAGCUUCAGAGAUCAGAUACGGAUCUAACCAUCGUGAGGUGUCUGAAGACUGGUUUAAAACUUCAAAUAGUUUCUUUUUUUUGUUGUUUUACAAAGCAAGGAGCAACUUCAGGAUGAUCACAAUUGGAGAAGUUUAUGACAAGGAACUUAAGGAGUGUCAGUGUGUGUGAUUUCUCUGUAUCUAAUCUUCCCCAAGUGUAACAGUUUUGAUAUAAGAACACCACUUCUUUGAGGUGUGAACCUACAUAACUUCAUCUGUAAUCUAGACUAUCGCUCACACAUUGUUGUGUUCUGAUCGGUCUGGAUGUUGCCACGUUGCACAAAAAAGGUAAUCCCUGUUUACAGGCUGCUGGAGACAAGAAACCGGGUUCAAGGAGGAAUUAUUUCACAGUGGCAUUAGAGGAAGUCUGGAUCUGAUCGUUCCGGAGCGUGGGCUGAGCUGGGAACGGGUGGUGCGUGGACGUAGUAAGGAUGAGUGUGAAAGAGAAGGCUUACCUGGCGGACAUUGGGGGCAGCUUCACUGAGGAUGCGCCCCGUCCCCCGGUCCCGGGUGAGGAGGGUGAGCUGGUGUCUGGUGAUGUGCGCCCGUACAGCUUGGGCUUCUACUCCAUCAAGAGCGAGAGCCUCAGGUGUGAGGCCUCCAUAGCCACGCCGAGACGACCCGACCUGGACCUGGGCUAUGAGCCCGAGGGCAGCGCAUCACCCACACCACCCUAUCUGAAAUGGGCAGAGUCGCUGCAUUCACUGCUGGACGACCAGGAUGGAAUCCACUUGUUUCGCACCUUCCUCAAGCAGGAGGACUGCGCCGACGUGCUGGAUUUCUGGUUCGCCUGCAGCGGCUUCCGUAAGCAGGACAACGGUGAGGGGAGCGAGGAGAAGAAGCUGAAGCUGGCCAAGGCCAUCUACAAGAAGUACAUCCUGGACAGCAACGGGAUUGUGUCGCGCCAGAUCAAGCCGGCCACCAAGAGCUUCAUCAAGGACUGUGUAAUGAAGCUGCACAUCGAUCCCGCCAUGUUCGACCAGGCCCAGACGGAGAUUCAGGCCGUGAUGGAAGAGAACACGUACCCUUUGUUCCUCAAAUCUGACAUUUAUUUGGAAUACACCAGGACAGGUGGUGAGAGCCCCAAGCUGUACAGCGAUCAGAGCUCGGUAUCGGGGAACGGCAAGGUGCUACCCGGAUACUUACCGACGCUGAACGAGGAUGAAGAGUGGAGGUGCGAGCAAGAGACAGAGGAAAACAGCGAGAGUGACCCGACUCCCAGCAAGCGGCUCACCCAGAAGCUUCUCUUGGAGACAGCGCCUCAACGGGCAACUAACGGCAAGAGAUACCAGGACAGCCGUGAGUACAGACACGGGCCGUGGAGGGAGCCGUUCAACCCUUACUACGUCAACACCGGCUACGCGAUGGCACCCGCCACCAGUGCCAAUGACAGCGAGCAGCAGAGCAUGUCCAGUGAUGCAGACACCCUCUCCCUAACAGACAGCAGUGUAGAUGGAGUCCCUCCCUAUAGAUACCGUAAACAGUCUCGACGUGAGAUGCACGAAAGUGCCAAAGCUAACGGGCGAGUGCCACUACCUCAUAUUCCUCGCACAAACCGGAUGCCAAAGGAUAUCCACGUGGAACCAGAGAAGUUUGCGGCAGAACUAAUUAGCCGGCUAGAGGCGGUCCUGAGAGAGCGCGAGGCCCAGGAGAAACUAGAAGAACGCCUGAAGAGGGUGCGGCUGGAGGAAGAAGGAGAUGAUGCGGAUGUGUCCACAGCGCCUUCUUUGGCUAGCCACAGGCUGCCCCCUGCUGUGCAUGUGCAGCACUACACGGCACGCUACUCAGACACGGCCUACAGUGGGUUGGGGCUGCGCGAUGCGCAUGAGGAGAACCCCGAGAGCAUCCUGGACGAGCACGUACAGCGAGUCAUGAAGACGCCUGGCUGCCAGUCACCCAAGUCUCGGUCACCUGAUGGCCUUCCUGCCACCAAGAUUCCUGGGCAUAUUGCCCCGCUGCCCAGUGGCCAAGGAAAACACCAAGCAAGGCUGGGACCCAAGGGUGAGCUGGGACAUGUUUACCACCACAAACAUACACAUCACACACACCACGCUGAAGGAGAAGGAAUGAGGCAGUGGAAUGUGGAGCAGCACCAUUAUGGCUCCAAGACGAGGAAUUACUCCGAUGGCACCAGCUCAGUGGAACCCAUUGGAUAUAGCAGUAAAGGCGCCACACUGUCAAAACGGCCGUAUAAGAAAGGCGAGGACAUGCGGAACUUUGAGAUGCGAGAAACUGCUCCAGAAGAGCUGGACCGAAACCAGAAGAUCCUGCAGUGGAUGAUGGAGGGAGAGAAGGAGGCAGGGCGCUACAAGAAGAGCCCCUAUGGGAGCCUCUCGGGCUCUAAGAAGGCGCAAGGUCACGACUCGGGCAGGCCGAGCUCAGUAGAGCGGCCGGGGGCCGUGCACCCAUGGGUGAGUGCGCAGCUCCGCAACAAUGUGCUGCCCUCACACCCCUUCAUCCAGGAUCCCACCAUGCCCCCGAACCCAGCACCUAACCCCCUUACACAGCUGGAAGAGGCCCGCAGACGACUUGAAGAGGAAAAGAAAAAGUCCGGAACCCUGCAGACCAAACAGAGACACAAAGCCAUGAAAAAGCAACAGUGUGAGAACAUUAUUGUGGCGUAUUACUUCUGUGGCGAGCCCAUCCCAUACAGAACCUCGGUCAAAGGAAGGAUCGUCACGUUGGGACAGUUCAAGGAGCUGCUUACCAAGAAAGGGAGUUAUAGGUAUUAUUUCAAGAAAGUGAGCGAUGAGUUUGACUGUGGUGUGGUGUUUGAGGAGAUACGUGAGGACGACGCUAUUCUUCCCAUCUUCGAGGAGAAGAUCAUCGGCAAAGUGGAGAAGAUCGACUGAAGGAGGAGGAGGAGGCAGCGCAGAGAGAUAGCAUGGCCUUUUAGGAGGAUCUACUUAGCAGCCAGUAAGGGAAGGGAGCUUGGAGGAGGUGCUGAUAGAUGGUACUGAGUAUGUGGGAGAGGGUUGAGGGGUGAGUGAAUGGGAGAGAGAGAGUAGGGGAGAGUGGAAGCACUGUGGGAUGUAUGCUAUUGACUCAAAGGCUUCUACCUCUGCAUUAGAGCCUUCUCUGGUUCCCCACAAGGGCCCUGUGCUACUGGUCACCGUGGUAUGCAGCCUUUGGACUUCAGGACAAGGCAGCACACACUCACCAUUUUGGUGUAUUUCUAACUUUGAAAUGUAAUGUAGCAGUGUAAAGUUUGGCUAGAAAAAAAAAAGACUUGCUAAGAAAUAUGUUUACUAAAGCUGCAUAUUUUUGAUACAACAUAUCAGAAGGAAGGUAUCCUUUCUAAUGUAACAUCCUCUUGUAAUUUUAUAUGUACCGGUACCACGUGUACAGUCUGUUUAAAACAACGGAGGAAAAAAAAAGGAAAAAAAAGGUUUUAUAACUAUUUAAAUAUUUAAAAGGAAUAAACCUAUUAGUAUGAUUUUAACGUUUUGGCAGAUCCAGUUCGAGAUGAUCGUAGCUCACGAGGCCCUUUUCGCGCAGGUGGCUGGAUGAAAACCAGGAACUGUACUCCACGCUCUGUUAAAUGCUUUUUUUUUUUUGUCUCUUUCUUUCUUUUUUUUAAAAAACAAAAACUUUUCAACCCGAUCUUAAGCGUUCUCCACUCAGAGUGACACCAGGUCGUGCUGCACUUUCUCUGAGGGGAGUGGAUGGUAGCUUACUUAAAAGACGUCGUUGAACGAUCAUGCCUUUUCGUUGAGGGGUCAGGAGGCGGUGUCAGACCCAUUUGUAUGCGAGUAAUUCAUUGGUCUAUUUCUCUACAGCUGCUUCCCAUAUGGAAAAUAAAUAAAUUUAUAUAUAUAUGCGCACCAAUACUCUCAUCAUCUAUCUGGUCCCAAGAAAACAUCUGUCAGCAUUAGAUGUAUUCACAGUGUAUAAUUAACCAUAUGGAAAAUAGCACAUCUGCAAUUUGUAAAAGAGCUAUUUUUAUACAUACUAUAUAUCCAUAAUCAGAACAGGAGGAUUUACUCAGCUGUCCAAGUGCUUGCAUAUUUUCAUAUUUAGAGUGCUUUGGAUCACCGGGGGCAUCAGUAAGUGAAUGUGUGUGGCUGUGUGGAGCGCUGCUGUGUACCACAUACCACCAGCCUAUAUAAUGAUCAUGUUUACACUUACCUUUAAUGUAUUACAAAAGGAUCACUGAGUAACGAAUUGUAGCCUUUUAGUUUCACAUGGCUGAAUUUGGUGCCUGUCAGGAAUUAUUAUUAUUAUUAUUAUUAUUAUUAUUAUUAUUAUUAUAAAAUUCUAUUCUUGGUCACAUUACACCAAAGAACAGUAUACUGUAGGAAUUACAAAUGCUUUGUCCAUUUCCAUCCAUGUUUUUUCUUUCUUCUUUUUUUGUAAUUUCCAUCCACUUGACCCUGUUUUCACUGAUUUACCCAAAAGCUUUUAGAGAGAGCGAGAGAGAGAGAGAGAGAGAGAGAGAGAGAGAGAGAGAGAGAGAGAGAGAGAGACUGACUCUUGCACAGUCUGCGUACUAUUCGGGAAUUCUUCUUGUCGGGAUGACGCACGGGAUGACUCUUGUUUUAGCGUUUGCUGCUUGGAAGAGGCAAGCGCUGAAUGGUGCUGCAAGUCUAUGAGUAAUGUCCUGGUCUCCCUUAAGAGGAUCCCAUCUUCCUGUGUUAAACGUUUUAGGAUCCCUGUCUGUGUCACUUUGUCCUUUCUCCCUCCCAUCAAAACUCUUAUUAUUCCUUAAUUAGCUUGAACUAAAUGGGUACUUUGCUACUAUGGAAACUUUUUUCCUUUCAAGUUUUUUUUUUAUUAUUUUUUUUUUUAUAUAUAAAUCUGACUCAUUGUAAUUACAGUGUAAUUGUCAUCAUGCUUGGGCUUUUUCAGUGGGCAUGUUAAAAGGUUCAUAAUUACUGUGAAAAGCCUGAAAGUGAGCACUUCUCACUUAAGAUGGAUUAACUGUAUAUAGUACAUUAGAGUGCCUUGAUGAGCAUGCUCACGCUCUGCAGUCUCAUCCCUUCUGCUCUUUUCUGACGGCAUACCAGCGACUAGAAUCAUUGCUUUUUAUUUCUAGCAUUACGUUUUUAUUUUUGCUUCUGUACAUGAACCUGUUUUUUGUUUCGUUUUUUUCAUGUGGUGUUGUCACACAUUUGAAUAAGCCUUUUCUAUGUAAAUAUGUACAUUUUUCUGUGUUUUCAGCCAGCAAACUGGUUUGGAUAUUUAGUGCCCUGGUUCUGCUUAAGUGUGCUGAGUUGUACAGUUAUCAUUUUAUGGUACUUUGGACAAUAAAGACAUGUAAUAAAACAUCCUA